AUGAUGCCUCUCCGACCGUCAAGGACUGCUCUGCGCGCCAUUCACCUCCAGAGGCAUGCGGCCUCUGGUCGUCGGUCAUUCACGCAGUCGUUCGUGGCUUCGGCUGCGUCGCCCCACCGCUCCUCGCCUCAGAAGCGUGCUCAGAGUACAGCGACAGCUACGGCCGACUCAAGGCCGGCGCCCAGCCCGGCCUUCAACCAAGAGCCUCACCGCAAUGAGAUCUCGCCUCUCCAGAACCGCCAGGUUCCCGAGCUUGACGACUCAAUGGUUGGCAUGAGUGGUGGUGAAAUCUUCCACGAGAUGAUGCUGCGUCUUGGAGUCAAGCAGAUCUUCGGUUAUCCUGGUGGCGCCAUUCUGCCCGUCUUCGAUGCCAUCUACAACUCCAAGCAUUUUGACUUCGUCCUGCCCAAGCACGAGCAGGGUGCUGGCCACAUGGCUCAGGGCUAUGCGCGUGCAUCUGGUUUGCCCGGUGUGGUUCUGGUUACUUCGGGUCCCGGUGCCACCAAUGUGAUCACUCCCAUGCAAGACGCCUUGUCUGACGGCACUCCCAUGGUGGUCUUCUGUGGACAGGUGCCCACGAGCGCCAUCGGUACCGAUUCUUUCCAGGAGGCCGAUGUCAUUGGCAUCUCACGUGCCUGUACUAAAUGGAAUGUCAUGGUCAAGUCCGUUGGUGAACUGCCUCGCCGCAUUCAGGAAGCUUUCGAGAUUGCCACCAGCGGUCGCCCUGGCCCCGUCCUGGUUGACUUGCCUAAGGAUGUGACCGCCGGUAUCCUUCGCAACCCCAUUCCUACCCACAGCACUAUUCCUUCGCUUCCCAGUGCCGCCACCGUCGCUGCUCGUGAAAUGGGCAAGAAGCAGCUCGAACAAACUAUCGGUCGUGUGGCUCGUCUGGUGAACAUGGCUGAGAAGCCCGUUCUCUACGUCGGCCAGGGUCUCCUUGCCCGCCCCGAUGGUCCUGAGAUUCUCAAGGAGUUCGCUGAAAAGGCCAAGAUUCCUGUGACCACUACUCUCCAAGGUCUGGGUGGCUUCGACGAGCUGGACCCCAAGUCCCUGCACAUGCUCGGCAUGCACGGUUCCGCGUACGCCAACAUGGCCAUGCAGGAGGCUGACCUGGUCAUCGCCGUUGGCGCCCGUUUCGACGACCGUGUGACUGGUAGCAUCCCCAAAUUCGCUCCCCAGGCCAAGGCUGCCGCUGCGGAGGGUCGCGGUGGCAUUGUCCACUUCGAAAUCAUGCCCAAGAACAUCAACAAGGUUGUUCAGGCCACCGAGGCCGUUGAGGGCGAUUGUGCCGAUAAUCUGCGCAUGCUUUUGCCUCACGUCAAGCCAGUUGCCGAGCGCCCCGAGUGGUUUGAACAGAUCAACGACUGGAAGGCCCGUUUCCCGCUCUCUCUUUAUGAGCGCCAAACCCCCGAGUCGACCAUCAAGCCCCAGGCUGUGAUUGAGAAAUUGAGUGAUCUCACCGCUCACAUGAAGGACAAGACCAUCAUCACCACCGGUGUCGGUCAGCAUCAGAUGUGGGCUGCUCAGCACUUCCGCUGGCGCCACCCGCGUACCAUGAUCACUUCUGGUGGUCUGGGUACCAUGGGCUUCGGUCUGCCAUCUGCCAUUGGUGCCAAGGUUGCUCGUCCCGACUGCCUGGUUGUCGAUAUUGAUGGUGAUGCUUCCUUCAACAUGACCUUGACUGAGCUUUCUACUGCUGCCCAAUUCGACAUUGGUGUCAAGGUUCUCCUGCUGAACAACGAGGAGCAGGGUAUGGUGACUCAGUGGCAGAAUCUGUUCUACGAGGACCGCUACUCCCACACGCAUCAGCAGAAUCCUGAUUUCGUUCCCCUCGCCCGGUCCAUGCGCGUUGCUGCCGAGCGUGUCUCCAAGGCCUCUGAACUUGAGGCUAAGCUGAAGUGGCUGAUCGAGCAGCCUGGCCCCGCCCUCCUGGAGGUCAUCACUGCUCGCAAGGUGCCUGUCCUGCCUAUGGUUCCUUCUGGUCGCGGUCUUCAUGAGUUCCUGGUCUACGAUGAAGCCAAGGAAGUGGAGCGCAAGGAGAUGAUGAAGAAGCGCAAUGCUCCCACCGAGGUUAACAUGCGCGAGUAA